AUGCAAGUCUUUGUCAAGUCUCUCCAAGGAAACACUCUUGCCCUUGAUGUUUCCACCAACUCUUCUGUUGCUGCUGUCAAGGCCAUGAUCCAAGAACGUGAAGGUCUCCCUGUUGACGCUCAACUCUUGUCCUUUGCCGGUAAGCCUCUUGUUGAUGGUGAACUUGCCCUUUACGGCAUUGCCAACAACAACACCUUGAACCUCAACGCUGAACUUCUCGGUGGUGGUAAGAAGAGAAAGAAGAAGACUUACACUACCCCAAGAAGAUCAAGCACAAGCGUAGAUGAAUCUGGUAAGGUCACUCGUCUCCGUCGUGAAUGUCCCAAUGCCACCUGUGGUGCUGGUGUGUUCAUGGCCAAGCACAAGGAUCGUCAAUACUGUGGCAAGUGUCACUUGACUUAUGUCUUCCAAAAGGGUGAAAGUGCUUAAAUAAAAGCAUCUAUUUCUUUGAAAAAAAAAUGAAGCUCUUUUAUAUUCUUGUUCAUGUUGGUUGGACUAAUGUGUUGUGUUUAAUAAGGCUUCAUGUAAUUCUUGCUGUUCUUGUAGUUCUUUCAUGUUUAACCUUGUUCUCUUUCUUUUUCUUCGCUCUUCAUCACGUAAGACACCUGCUCUUAGAUUCUACAAACUGAGAUCAGCUUGUCUUUUUUUAAAAGAAAAAGUCUUAUAGUUACUGCUUUCUCUUAUUUUGCAAAUAAUGAACACCAACACUGAACCAACACAGAAUAAGAUAGAACCUAAUAAAGUUGCUUGGCUGCUCUGGACAUGAUUAAAAAAAGAAAG